CCUGACAAAGUGAAGGCUGGGCUGCUGAGCCUGACCUUCAACAGACCUUUGGAGUUCUUCCACAUACAGACUAGAGAGGGGAUUUUUUUUUUAUUGGAAACUAACUCAAGUUCACUUUAGAACCUCUUAUUUGGUGUAUACGUCUGGCUAUUUCACAGAGCUUUCAGUUUUGCAAAUAAGUUGGAGUUGAUUUCUUCGCUCGGAAAAAGUGCCGGUUGGUGGUGGUCCACAGGAGUCUUAAGAUAGACAUAAACAAGGGAAGUUUUUGCUGAGACUCACCCAAAGAAAACCCCAAAGGAGAAAUCUGAGAACUUCAUUUCAGGAUGAAGCUGCAAGAGCGAAGAAGUACUUUUAACACAAGCAAAGGCUGUCCAUUGACCAACAGAUGCAGGAGGAUUCUUCUCCCAACUUCUGCGGCCCCUGCCAUGGGAAUCUGGCUCCUUAGAGGGCAGCUUCUCCUGCUGCUGUUGUCUGGCCUGCAGAGACCCACGGGGAGUUCUGAGGUUGCAAUUAAAAUCGACUUUGAUUUGGCACCAGGUUCCUUUGAUGAUCAGUACCAAGGCUGCAGCCAAGAGGUCAUGGAGGCACUAAAUCAAGGAGAUUAUUUCACAAAAGAACUAAAAGCCAGUAGGAAUUAUUUCAAUGUCUGGCAGAAAGCCCACUUAACCUUGCUGAAUCAAGAAAAAGCUCUCCCCAAGAACAUGAAUAUCACACACGCUGUGGCUGUUUUGCUUUAUUCAUCAAACGACAACAUUCGCUCGGACUUUGCUAGAGCCAUGGCCAGUGCUGCUAUGUCUCCAGAGCAGUAUGAACAUUCAUUCUGUUUCAAAUAUCUACACUACUACCUGACCACUGCAAUCCAGCUGCUGAGGGAAGACAUUGUCAGGAAGAAUGACUCUCUGUGUUAUGAGGUGCAUCAUGAGGUGAAGAAUGUCUCCUGGAAAGCCUACACAGGCGCCAUUAUUCGAUUUGGCCAAUUCCUCUCCACCUCCCUUCUAAGAGAAGAGGCACAGAAGUUUGGGAACGAAACUCUGUUUACCAUAUUUACCUGCCUGGGUGCACCUCUACAAGACUUCUCUCUCAAGAAGGUCCUGGUCCCUCCCUAUGAGUUGUUUAAAGUUGUAAAUAUGAGCUACCACCCAAGAGGAAAUUGGUUGCAGUUGCGGUCAACUGGGAACCAGAGCACAUAUAACUGUCAGCUACUAAAAGAUUCCAGCAUAAAGUGCAUCCCCGCUCCUGUAGUUAUUGCUUCUCUCUCCUUUUUGACCAGCAUCUUCAUCUCUUCCAAAUACAGAGCAUAAAAAUUUUUAUCAGCAUUCAAGACCAAACCAGUGACAUCUCAGAUGGGAGAAAACAUGGAAACUUGAGAAAUAAAAGGGAAAGUUAAUGAAAGAUGUCAGUGAAAUCUCAUUUACUGCCAGUAACGGGGUGCUGCACACAUUGUUAAAAUAUUACAAAAGUUAAAAUUUAAAUUCACACGUUAAUUUACAGAGGACUUCAUGGCAAACUGGAUUUUAAGCCUUCAUUGUAAAUUUAAGUACAUUUAUUAGGAAAGUAUGUGGAUGUGUAUAGAGAUAAAAGAAAAGAUACAGGAGAAAAAAAACAUCUGAUGGCCAAGAAAAGAUCAAAGAUCUAUUGGCUUCCCAUUAUGUUCAAACAAUUAGGCAAAAAGAACUAUAAUCACCAAACUUCACAACAGGGAACGUUCUCCAACUCUUCUCUGAGGUUGCAUACAUCAUAGGUGGGGCAAUGGGGGGUUGUCUUACAUGAGCUCAAGGUCCUAGGAUUGGGCUAACUGGAGUGAAGCUGAGGGCUAGCUCUAUACCUUUGAAUUCUGGAAAUCCAUGCUACUUACCCCUCUGAAAUUUGGAUAAGAAUAAACAAAAGUGGAAAUUGGCUCAUUUAACCCCACUUGGACUCCCAGAAGGCCCUGGUCAUGAUAGAAGAGAUUCAACGGGGAAUUAACUAUAUAAAAUCACCUGGUAGAGAAUUCAGGCAUCUAGUGCUAUCAUUCUUUACAUGGGGAUUUUGAGAAUAACAGGGCCAAGUGCACCUCUGUCACCUAGCUUGCAUUGGCCUCUACAUCUAAUAAAGCAAGCAUAAAAUUUUCAUACACACGAACAAUUUCUGUGAUUCAUUGCACAGGGACUUUGGCAGGCUAGUGGCUACCUAGUAGAGAGUCCUGAGGGCAUGGCUCCAGGAACGAGUUGAGCAGCAAGCCUUGGUGAGGCAGUGGUGAAACGAGUUAGGAAAUCAUCCUCACGUCUUGCAUAUAUUUUUUCUGUGCCAUGUCAAUGCAUUUAUUGAGCCAUAUUAUGUACAAAGCACUCUGGGGAUUAAAAGUCGAAUAAACUAGGCCAGAUCUUUCAUAAGUUUAUGAUCUCUUGGGAAAAAUUAAGAAAAGAACACAAACGAGUCACAAAAGAAAUACCAAAAGAAAGGAGAAAACCAAGUCUUCCACGCGUGAGAGUUCAGAAGAGAGAUUUCUUCUAACUGAGCAAGAGAAGUGAGGAAGGCUUCAAGAAGGAGGCAGCAUUUGAGCGAGGCCUUGGAACAUCGUGGUGGGAGCCAGGGGUGAGAGGAAGGACAGGUACGUAUCAAGUGCUUAGCACUAAAAAUGAGUACCAAUAAAUGCUUUAGAGAAAACUGAGAUUCCUCUGGUCUGUAGGUGGAUCCAGCUUUCUAUCAGAGUUGAGGCUUAGGGGAGGGGCUACAGAUGGAUGGAAAAGAAAGAACUCAGUGGAAAAUAGAGGUGGGAUAUAGGAAUGAUCAGCAUAAAUAAGGGUCAGAAAACAGAGAGGUCUGGCGGAGUGAAGGAGUAAUGUGGACUGGAGAGGAAAGUUGAAGCCACUCAGUUAAGCUAAAAAGCCAGCUAAAGCAUUUGAUCUCCACGAGAAAUCACAGUUUUCUGAGUAAGACAAUUCUCGUAAAUUGCUGACUCUUAAAGCGUGCUCCCAGUAUCAGCAGCAUCAGAAUCCCUGAAGUUAGAAAUGUGAAUUCCAGGGCCUGAACCCAAAUCUAUGGAAUUAGAAACCCAGAAAUCUAUAUUUAAUAAGCCCUCCAGGCUUGCGAUUUAUGUGAUUAUGAUCUUAAGGGAAUAAACAAGUUUUUAAGAAGAUAAUUUAGCUCUUCCUCUCCUGCUGCUGCUUUACAGAACAAAUGUCUGGAGAUAGAAGUUAUUCUCUUGAAUUAUAGAGAUUUGUGGUUUUAGUGAAGGCUGAAUGUAUGUGAUUUGCAUUCCUUCAACCUCUCCCCGUAGUCCAAAGUAUUGGUGUAAGAAGUCUGUGAAGUGGAGCGUUGAUUUAAAUCGAUUCAAAGUCUAAGUUCAUGAAACUUUCAGAGACCAGUUUCAAAAAAUUCACUGUCAUUUCUGCCCCUCUGUUGGUGUGGGGUAUCUUCUGAAGAUAAAAUAGCCCUCAAUUGUGCAUAAAUUCAUGUGAUUUGUUAAAAAAAGACUACACUAUAAGGUUGCAUAGUAUUUAUCUCCUAUAGUAAAUUUAUUAAAGCAAUGCAUGCAUCUCUCCUUUUUGUGUAUAAAAAAAUAUUGUGGCCCCACUUAUCAUUUUAUUUUUAUCUUUGUAAUUCAAUGUUCUAAUAUACCUAUCUGAUUAUCUUGAAGUUCUCUAUUUACUCUUACUUUACUUUUUUUUUUUUUUUUGGGUGAAGAUUAGCCCUGAGCU